GUUGAAUUGGAAAAAGUACGUCUACUUUGUGAAAGGAUUAUAAAGAGAGAAAAGUUAAAGAAAGACUUGGUUCUUUGUUCACAUGAUAUACUUGCUUCGAAAAGGGAUUCUACUACAUACUCGGCACUUGCAACCAAUUCCUUCUUGCAUCCUGGUGCCAGUUCAGAAUCAGCUACUACAUCUAUAAAUAAUAGGUCACACAGUGGAAUGGUACUGAGAUCAGAUGAAGUUACAGUGGACAGUACCUUUUCUAAUAAACGUAAAAUUAGAUUUUCUUUGAGUAAUAAGGAUGUGGACAGACAUACUGAUGAUAGUUCCACGUCACAAUCAUCAAUCAAACGAAAAUUAGCAGAGCGGGAUUCUCUUGCUGGUAAACAACUUCCACGGAGAUCAGCAUCAAUGGCUUUCCGGAUAUCUGUAGAUGAUGGAAACAGGAAAAUUAAGGAAAAAAAGGAGGCCAUUCAGGAUCUUGCGUUAUCGUCAGAUCAAACAUCAAUGCAAAAUCAACGGCCUUCCAAGGGGUAUUUUUAUGUCCCUGUUGGUUCUCUUUCCAAAGAAAGGGCACUGAAGAAGGAAAUGGAAACACAAGAGCCCAGCGAACCUGGGAGAUAA